AUGUGGCCCGCCCCUACUGCGCUCUGGUGGAUACUGGUGGUGACUCUGAGCCUGGUCCUCAUCUACCCCCUAGCUGUGGGCUGGACGUGCGCCCAGGUUCCCAUCUAUGUCAGCAGCUGGGCAGUGCGGGUGACCCAGGGUAACCAGGAAGCCGAGCGUCUGGCACAUAAAUUUGGCUUCGUCAACCUGGGGCAGAUCUUCCCUGACGGGCAGUACUUCCACCUGCGGCACCGGGGGAUGGCCCAGCAGUCCCUGAGCCCACACUGGGGCCACCGCUUGCGUCUGAAGAAAGACCCAAAGGUACGGUGGUUUGAGCAGCAGACGGUUCGGCAGCGCGUGAAGCGAUCCCUGGUGAUGCCCUCGGAUCCCUGGUUCGCCAAGCAGUGGUACAUGAACAAUGAGAUGCAGCUGGACCUGAAUGUCCUGCAGUCCUGGGGCCAGGGCCUGACGGGCCGGGGCGUCGUUAUCUCCAUCCUAGAUGACGGCAUUGAGAAGGACCACCCGGACCUCUGGGCCAAUUAUGACCCCCUGGCCAGCUAUGACUUCAAUGACUAUGACCCAGACCCUCAGCCUCGCUACACACCCAGCAACGAGAACCGGCAUGGGACACGCUGUGCAGGGGAGGUGGCAGCCAUGGCCAACAAUGGCUUCUGUGGUGCAGGAGUUGCCUUCAACGCCCGGAUUGGAGGUGUGCGCAUGCUGGAUGGCACCAUUACGGACGUGAUCGAGGCCCAGUCGCUGAGCCUGCAGCCCCAGCACAUUCACAUCUACAGCGCCAGUUGGGGCCCCGCAGACGACGGCCGCACGGUAGACGGCCCGGGCAUCCUCACCCACGAGGCCUUCCGGCGUGGCGUGACCUAUGGCCGCGGCGGGCUGGGCACGCUCUUCGUCUGGGCCUCAGGCAAUGGCGGUCUCCAUUAUGACAACUGUAACUGUGACGGCUACACCAACAGCAUCCACACGCUCUCAGUGGGCAGCGCCACCCGGCAGGGCCACGUGCCGUGGUACAGCGAGGCCUGUGCCUCCAUCCUCACCACCACCUUCAGCAGCGGUUUGGCUUCUGACCCCCAGAUUGUCACCACAGACCUACACCACCAGUGCACGGACAAACACACGGGGACCUCAGCCUCGGCACCGCUGGCUGCAGGCAUUAUUGCCCUUGCUCUGGAAGCCAACCCGCUCCUGACCUGGAGGGACAUGCAGCACCUCGUGGUCCGCGCCUCCAAGCCAGCGCACUUGCAGGCCGAGGACUGGAGGACCAACGGCGUGGGGCGCCAAGUGAGCCAUCACUACGGCUAUGGGCUGCUGGACGCUGCACUGUUGGUGGACCUGGCCCGCACCUGGCUGCCCACGCGGCCCCAGAGGAAGUGCACCUUGGAGAUCGUGCUGGCCCCGCUCCCUAUCCUGCCACACAUGAGUGUGGAGAAGAACGUGUCAGCCUGCACCGGCAGCCAGCACUACAUCCGCUCACUGGAACACGUCCAGGUGCAACUGUCACUGUCCUUCAGCCGCCGUGGGGACCUGGAGAUCUCACUCACCAGCCCCAUGGGCACUCGCUCCACACUGGUGGCCAUCAGACCUCUGGACAAUAGUAGCCAGGGCUACAAUGACUGGACGUUCAUGUCCACCCACUUCUGGGACGAGAACCCACAGGGCUUGUGGGCCCUGGGCCUAUGGAACAAGGGAUACUAUUUUAACACAGGGACACUGCACCGCUGCACACUGCUGCUCUAUGGGACAGCAGAGGAUAUGACAGCUUGGCCUCCAAACCCCCAGAAUGUGACAACCCCACCUGCAUCCUGGGGCACUUUUGCCUCUGCUUCUGUGGAUGGGGGUGCUCAGGCCACACCCAGCAGGCGGUGA